AUGAUGAAGCGAAACGCUGAAGCUACGGUGAAGUUGUUGCAAUAUUAUCGCAAGGUGAAACCACAAUAUCGCAAUUACUCAUACUUGACUGAGAAAGCGGCCCAGCCAUCGGGAGGAGUAAUGAAGCAGAUUGGUGAUAAUUUGAUCAGCAUUGGGUAUAAAGGAGCGGCAUGUGGUUUUGGAUUCGCGAUAGCCGGUCUGACAACAACUUCCGAGAGCACAGGCGCCAAGAAAGACAAGGAGGCGGUCGUAGACAUGCUGAAAUUGAUGGAUAAGGAAGAAGCCAGCGUGGAGCGUGUGCGGGAAAUGUGUCUGAAAAUGGAGUCGCGUGUACAGAACUGA